AGAAGGUUGUUUAUAUUCGUCGGCCUUUUUAGAAGUUAUAUUUACAUUUCUAAGGAAAGGCUUGUCUAGAAGCAAAGCCCAAGAAAAAAUGGCCUGAAAUUGUGUUUCGCAGCAGAGCACUGCAGAGUCAAGCAGAGGGCGAUGGAGGGAACAGAAACCAAAACGAAUGGUGAUGGUGACGGUGAGGGUUGUCGUCCAUGGCAGUCCUACCACACUGUUUACACAAGCUCCAAAGCAGGAAUGGAAGGGGUUGACAAGGAGAAAGUACAAAGGGUAGUGUAUGAAAUGAGCAAAGGAUCCAAUUUUUUUCAAAACGAGGAACGGAAGGACGCUUUUAUUAAGCAGAAAAUUGAUAACUUUCGAAUUCAGUGUGCAAAGCUUACACAAGAAGACUUGUCCCAUUAUCAGAAGGUGUCUGAUAGAAGAAUUCUUGAACUAGAAGCUUCACGUGACCUUUCAAGAAUUUGGUUACAUGUAGAUAUGGAUGCUUUCUAUGCAGCAGUUGAGACUUUAAGUAAUCCUACAUUAAAAGGCAAGCCAAUGGCUGUUGGUAGCAUGUCUAUGAUAUCCACUGCCAAUUAUGAGGCCCGGAAAUUUGGGGUUCGUUCUGGCAUGCCUGGGUUCAUUGCACGCAAGCUGUGUCCAGAAUUAAUAUUUGUCCCAAUAGAUUUCAAUAAGUAUAAUUAUUACAGUGAUUUGACCAGAAAUGUUUUUCGGAGGUAUGAUCCCAAUUUCAUGGCUGGUAGCCUGGAUGAAGCAUACCUUGAUAUAACUGAAGUUUGCAAAGAAAGGAAUGUCAACAGUGAAGAAAUUGCCCAAGAACUCAGAGUUAGUGUUUAUGGAGAGACUGGUCUCACAUGUAGUGCUGGAGUGGCUCCAAAUCGCUUACUUGCUAAGGUUUGCUCAGACAUAAACAAGCCAAAUGGACAGUAUGUUUUGCCAAAUAACCGCAUGGCUGUCAUGACCUUCAUAUCCUCCCUUCCUAUAAGAAAGAUUGGGGGCAUUGGUAAGGUCACUGAAGAUAUUUUGAAGGGAGUUUUAGGAAUUAACACAUGUGAACAGAUGCUGGAGAAGAGUAUCUACCUUUUUGCUCUUUUCUCUCAAUCAACAGCUGAAUUUUUUUGCUCUGUAGGUUUAGGUCUUGGGAAGACAGAUUCUCCCCAAGUAAGAUUUCGGAAAAGUAUAAGCAAUGAAAGAACAUUUCCUGCCACUGCAGAUGAAGUGUUGUUGCAUAAAAAAUUGGUGGAGCUUGCUGAAAUGCUAUCAACAGACAUGCAGAAAGAGGGUCUGUGUGGCCGAACAUUGACUCUUAAACUGAAAACUGCUUCUUUCAAGGUUCGGACUAGAGCUGUGACUUUACAAAGGUACAUAAGCUCGAGUGAGGAUAUUUUGAAGCAUGCUUCAAAGUUGCUAAAGGCUGAACUUCCUAUUUCAGUAAGAUUGAUAGGCCUUAGAGUAUCACAGUUUAAUGUUGACAAGGGUAGUGCCCCAUCUGAUCCUACACAGAAGACAAUUACCAACUUCAUUACUUCAGGAGAUCCCAAUAGAAAUUGUAGUUCUUUCCCAGUUGCUACAGAUCAUGACUUUGUCAGUGAUACGGAAACUGAUCUUGAUUCAUCAGAUGUUGAUUACCAUAGCUGCACCAUCUGGAAAAAUGAUGGUGCAGAGGAGGUGCAAACAUCUGGCAAUGAUGCCACUAUUUCUAAUUACAGUGGAUCUACAGAAGUGCUGGGAUCAACUUCUUUCCAGGGGCAGUUUGAAGGUAUAAAUGUGCAGAAUGGGUCUAAUCUCCUGGAGGAUGAGGAACUUAAUUCUUCUUGUCAGGAAAAGACAAUGUUGUGGUUGAAUGACUACAAGUGUUCAGUUUGUGGAGUUGAACUGCCUCCAAGUUUCAUUGAGGAAAGAUUAGAGCACUCUGAUUUUCAUCUUGCUGAAAAGAUUCAAAGAGAAGAAUCUAGGAUUCACCAAACUUCGUUUCCGAGUCAAUAUCGGGAUCAGAAGGAUCGAAUCACUAGACAAAGCAAAUCCAAGAAGCAGAAAUUGUCGCAGAAAGAAGGCAAGUAUACACCUAUUGAUUAUUUUUUUGUUAAAAAGUAAUCAAAGCUGUCAAAUUAUUCUUAUGAUGCUGUGUGUACAGUUCUGUACAAUAUAACCCAAGAUUUGGCAGUUAUUAUAUAGUAUGUAUGCUAUUUUUCCUUGUAACAAGUCUAAAUAAUAAAUUCAUCCAUUUGUAAUUUUGGUCGUUAUAUGCCUAUUGAUGAUGAAUAAAAUAGGUUCAUGCGCG